GUUUUUCAGCAUCAAGUUUCAACCUUUUACACUCUUGUGUGCUUCUUGUCUUGUGAAAGUGCAAACUCUCUCUCUCUCUGACAUGUGUGAAAACAGUCCCACAAAGCAAACUACCCACCCACCACUGCUACUACAUGUAGUCCACACUCACUCACUCACUCUCUCUCUCUCUCUCUCUCUCUCUCUAAAUCCCAACAUCACAAUGCCCACCUUCUUCCUCCUCCUCCUCCUCCUCUUAUCCACCGCCACCGCCAUUGCCACCCACAACCGCCGUGCACUCCACCAACCCUUCUUCCCACAAGAAUCAAAAUCCCCAACUCAGCCACCAUCUCCUCAACCCCAAACCCCUACUAAAUACCCAUUUUCCACUACUACCCCUAACCAACAGCCUUUUUUCCCAUCCGUACCCACCGGACCGUCACCGCCGUCUCCGCCGUCUCCCCCCUCCUUCGCCUCCUUCCCCGCCAACAUCUCCUCCCUCAUCCUCCCCCAACCCUCCAAACCCAAACCCGUCUCUUCCAAACUCGUCGCCGUCGCCGUCGCUCUCUUCCUCUCCGCCGUCUCCCUCACCGCCAUUGCCUCAUUCCUCUACAUUCGCCGCCGUAGACGGCGGAGCUUCAGCGAUAGCAAGACGCAUAGAUCGGAUAGCAGUGUCGGAGUGUGUCAACCCAAUGGGCUUCCAAGGCCAAGAAGAUCGCCUCCGACUAGCUCCGAGUUUCUCUAUCUCGGCAAUAUAGUCAAUUCUCAUGGCGGAGUCGAUGCUAAUGUUGCUCCAAGAAGUGGUGUUGGUGGUGGUGGCGGCGGAGACACAAAUUUGAGGAAAUUGGACUCGCCGGAGCUCCACCCAUUGCCGCCGCUUGGACAGCAGAGUUUCCGGCGGAAUUAUGAAAAUGCAGAUGUGGGUUCUGAAGAUGAAGAGUUUUACUCUCCGAGAGGGUCUUCUGGCGGCCAUGAGAGCUCCAUCGACACCGGAUCGGCAUCCAGAAGAACAUUCGCCGCCGUAACAGCGGCGGAGAAUUUCGAUGCCAGGAGUAGUGAAGAAUCGAGUUCGUCUCUGUAUUCAUCAUCCAAUUCUGGCUCGCCGACUCGAUCAGCAUCGAUUAGUAUUUCUCCAAGUUUAAGUCCAAGAAAGCCCAUAUCGCCGGAAUUAAUGGCGGUUCCGGCUGCUCCUCCUCCGCCACCGCCACCGCCACCACCACCGCCGCCGCCGCCGCCGUUGCCUUUUACGACCCAAUUGGCUAAUCUGAAGAGUUCUCCGUCACCGUCACCGUCACCGUCACCGCCUUCUUCGUCUUCGCCGGAAAGAGUUUCGGAGAAAAGCAUAGAUUCAUCACCGAGAAUAUCAAAUGUUGAGUCUCCGGCGAGAAUUACCUACUUUGUUUCGUACAAAUUGGCUGAUGAGAAGAGUUCUCAAUCACCAUCAUCACUGUCUUCACCAGAAAGAUCUCUGGAUCAAAUCCAAGAUUCAUCACCCAGAAUAUCCAAUGUUUCGAAUCGAAACGCUGAGCCUUUGAAGCAAUUGGAUUAUAAGAAGAAUUCUAGAUCCCCAUCACUGUCUUCAUUUUCCUCACCAGAAAGACGUCUGGAGAAAAUCCCAGAUUCAUCACCCAGAAUAUCCAAUGUUUCCAAUCAAAAAUCUGAAACUAGCACUACCAUUUUGAAUCAGUUGGCUUACAAGAAGAAUUCUAGAUCCCCAUCACUGUCUUCGUUGCCCUCCCCGGAAAGAUCUUCGGAGAAAACCCAAGAUUCGCCAGCUAGAAUAUCAGAUGUUUCCAACCCAUAUCCGGAAACAUUUCAGAACUCCGUGCCGGUGUCUGUUGCCCCACCGCCACCACCUCCGCCGCCGCCGCCACGACAUUGGGAAAGUCCAGUUUCUCCUCCAAUUUGCCAGCCAAUUGUGAAACCACCAGUUCUAGUAACUCCUUCAAGACCUGUUGUUAUUCCUAGUCCUAGUCCAACAUUGAUAUCUCCGAUUGAAUUGCCUUCUAGUUCAGAAAAUGCUGAGAAGAAUGAGGAAACUCCGAAACCCAAGUUGAAGCCAUUGCACUGGGAUAAAGUUAGAGCAAGCUCUGAUCGUGAGAUGGUUUGGGAUCAGAUAAAAUCAAGCUCCUUCAAAUUGAAUGAGGAGAUGAUUGAAUCAUUGUUUAUUGUAAAUACAUCAAACUCGAAUCCUAAGGAACCAACUCGACGCCCCAUUCUUCCCUCGCCAAUGCAGGAGAAUCGGGUGCUUGAUCCGAAGAAGGCGCAAAACAUUGCAAUUUCACUAAGGGCACUGAAUGUAACCAUUGAAGAAGUUUGUGAAGCUCUUUUAGAAGGGAAUGCGGAAGCUCUUGGAACCGAUCUUCUUGAAAGUUUAUUGAAGAUGGCUCCAACCAAGGAUGAGGAAUAUAGGCUGAGAGACUACAAAGAUGAUUCACCAUUGAAACUUGGACCUGCCGAGAGAUUUCUCAAGGCAGUGCUUGAUAUUCCUUAUGCAUUUAGAAGAAUGGACGCCAUGCUCUACAUAUCUAAUUUUGAGUAUGAGGUCGAAUACCUCAAAAAGUCAUUUGAUACUCUGGAGGUCGCCUGUGAAGAACUGAGGAACAGCAGGAUGUUUUUGAAGCUUCUAGAAGCUGUGUUGAAGACUGGGAACCGCAUGAAUGUUGGAACAAACCGUGGCGAUGCCCAUGCCUUCAAGCUCGACACUCUCCUCAAGCUUGUUGACGUCAAGGCUGCUGAUGGAAAAACCACACUCUUACAUUUCGUUGUACAGGAAAUAAUAAGAAGCGAAGGAGCUCGUCUUUCUGGUGGCAACGAAUGUCCACCAAAGCCCAUCAAUGACGAUGCCAAGUGUAGGAAGCUCGGCCUACAAGUUGUUUCUGGUCUCAGUUCGGAGCUCACAAGUGUCAAAAAAUCCGCUGCCAUGGACUCAGACGUGCUUAGCAACGAUGUAAGGAAGCUUUUUAAAGGAAUUGGGAACAUUGCAGAGGUUGUAAGAUUAAUUCAAGCCACGGGGUCAGAGGAAAAAUUUGCAGAGUCAAUGAACCGGUUCACGAAAAUGGCAGAGGAAGAGAUUAUAAGGAUUCAAGCCCAAGAGAGCGUUGCGCUUUCACUAGUGAAGGAGAUAACUGAGUACUUCCAUGGAAAUUCGGCCAAGGAAGAAGCUCACCCGUUUAGAAUUUUCAUGGUGGUGAGGGAUUUCUUGACAAUUCUUGAUCGGGUUUGCAAGGAAGUUGGGAUGAUCAAUGAGCGAACUAUCGUCAGUUCUGCCCACAAAUUCCCGGUUCCAGUGAAUCCAAUGUUGCAGUCAGUUACGAGUGGAUUCCCAGGAAGGCGGCCAUGUAGUUCCUCUGAUGAUGAAAGCUCAUCUUCUUAGUGCUUGUUUCUCAUAUCAAGUGACAUUUUUGUUGCUUUGAAGCCAAAUUGACUGUAAUCAUCCAUGGAUUGGCUGGGUAAGAGGAGAGCUUAUAUGAGAUGGUGGGCUGGCAGCUUUUAGAUCUGUAAUUUUUGUUUUUUGUUUUUUUGUUUCUGUUUUUAUAUAGAUCCAUGUAAAAGAUUUUGGAAAUUGUUUAAUAAUCUUAUAGAUAUAUAUAUAUAUAUAUAUAUACAAAGGUUUAGUUGGGAAGAAUAAGAGAGUCAGGCCAGGGUUAGAUGGUGUGUUUGGUUUCACCUGUAAAAAAGCAUAUCAGAUUAAUGCAUACAUAUAUAGAUUCUUGGUAUAUGGUGAGAA